AUUUUCAGGCUCAUGAGCUGACCGUUGUUCAACUCUCGCCAGAGGCUGACAGCCAAACCAACGGAAAAGAGCCACAAUGUAACAAUUUAACAGACAUUAAAGAGGGAAAUUGUGUUAGUGGGAUUGAUCGAUCGAAUGUUCUAGAAGGGUCAUGUGAUGUCCGGAGACCAGUUAGGUCGCACUCAAAAAAAUACUUUGACGUACUAUUCUGCUUUAUAGAUGCGUCCGUCCGUCGCGUAAAGAGAUGUUCAACUCGCUCUUUUCGAAGAAAUUAAGGGUAAUAAGUAAAGGCGCAUUUUUAUUAAAUAUAUUUUGAUACACUACUUUCUUUUUGUUUGAAGCGUUAUGGAGAAGGGAACACGUGAGGGGUCUCAUCCAAUGGGAUUGCACGCUUUCAGCAGGAGGGUAUAAAUACCAGGCGGUUUCUGUGCGAGACGUCCGCCAUUGAUUACUAUCCUUUCAAAGAAACAGUCCUUUUAGUCGUGUAAUGAUAUAUGACCGCGAGCCUGUUCUGUUCGCGUUAACGAAUAUAUAUACAAAAUAAGUAGUCUCUUUCGAGGUGUUUUCCGGGCGCAAAAGAGUCAACAAGAUCCUUCGAUUGGUGAAGUUUUCCAACGGAGCUUCUCCGGCACUGCAGCGUCUGUCUCAGUUCGGCAGUUUAAGAUUUCUUUGUUUGUCCCAGAGACGGAAAGUUGCACAUACAGUGGCUGUGUAAUGCCUGCAGAGCUGCCCAGGCGUAUCUGCAAAAAUCCUUUCUUCACCUGUCCCUCCCUGGUUGAGCUCAGACGAUGUCUGAUUUGAAACCCGCACGGAAUUUCACCAUGAAUGGAAAUCCCCCUCCCCCUGAGUUCAAGAACCCCAAAAAGCCGGGGCGUCUUACCAACCAGUUGGAGUAUCUAGAAAAAGUGGCGAUGAAGUCAGUGUGGAGACAUCACUUCUCCUGGCCUUUCAGACAGCCUGUGGAUGCAGUCAGGCUUCAUUUGCCUGAUUAUUAUACAAUCAUCAAAAAACCAAUGGAUUUGGGCACUGUUAAAAAGCGGCUUGAGAACAGUUACUACUGGAAGGCAAUGGAAUGCGUUGAAGACUUCAACACCAUGUUCACAAACUGUUACGUGUACAAUCGGCCAGGAGACGAUAUUGUUAUGAUGGCACAAGCCCUUGAGAAGCUUUUCUUGGAGAAGGUGGCACAGAUGCCUCAGGAUGAGUUUGAGAUCUCCGCUCUGACCACUAAAGCUCCAGUCAAAGGAGGAAGGAAGGUUUUAGCAGCGCUAAAGAUUAGGCCGCAGUCGCCUGUGUCUGAGGUGGUCUUCCAACAGACAGUAACGGUCAUCCCUCCUGAUGCUUUGCAUACACUUGCCUCCACUCCUCUGUCUGCUCAGCUCACAACCAAAUUAAAAAAUGGAGUGAAAAGAAAAGCAGACACCACGACCCCUUCCGCUUCUUCCUUCACUAGCUGCGAGUCUUCACCUUGUGUAACAGAACCAAAAGCCCUUAAAAUACUUUCAAGGCGAGGCAGCGGUCGACCCAUUAAACCCCCCUGUAAAGACCUUCCUGAAACAACACCACAACAUCAGUUGGGCAGAAGGACCAAACUCUCAGAGAGACUCAAAUACUGCAAUGCCAUCCUUAAAGAGAUGUGUUCUAAAAAGCAUUCAGCCUACGCCUGGGCUUUUUAUAAGCCUGUGGAUGCUAAGGCUCUAGGCCUACAUGACUAUCAUGAAAUCAUCCACCAGCCGAUGGAUAUGAGUACUAUUAAAAAAAAGUUGGAAACUCGUGAGUAUACAGAUGCAAUGCAGUUUGCUGCAGAUAUGCGGCUCAUGUUUUCAAACUGCUACAAAUACAAUCCACCUGCCCAUGAGGUUGUGGCCAUGGCAAGGAAACUCCAGGAUGUUUUUGAGUCUUGCUUCUCUAAGAUUCCUGUUGAACCAAGAAAUGCAGCUCCGACUAGUGAUAACACGAUGAAGAAGAAGAGAGUCGAGAGAGCUCCAAGUCAGUUCAGCUCUGAUACUAGUGAAGGUGAAUCAUCAUCUCGAUCAGAAAACACCUCAGACUCUGAAGAUGAAGAGGAGAGAGCUCAGAGACUCGUUAGCCUUGAAGAACAGUUGAAAGCUGUACGAGAGCAACUGCAAAUACUGACCCAAACGCCCCUCCUGAAACCGAAAAAAAAGGAAAAGUCCAAGAAGAAGAGGAAGAAAGAGAGAGAGUCUAGCAAGCGAAAAGGUGAAGAAAUAAAGAAACAAGUCAAAAUACAGAAAAGGUCAAGCAGCAGCAAACCAUCAGGGCGGAACAAGCAAAGCAAACCAUUUGAUUCUGAAGAGGAGAAAACCGUUUUGCCCAUGUCUUAUGAAGAAAAACGGCGACUGAGUCUGGAUAUUAACAAGCUACCUGGAGACAAGCUUGGCAAAGUAGUGAGCAUCAUCAAGGCGAGAGAGCCUAUGCUCAGAGACACAGACCCAGAGGAGAUUGAGAUUGACUUUGAGACACUCAAACCUUCAACUCUUCGAGCUCUUGGGUGCUACGUUAUGACUUGCCUUCAGAAAGAAACAAAAGAAGCAGACCGAAAGAAGAACCAAAAUAAUUCUAAAAAGAAGGAAACGGGCAAAGAGCUGCAGAACACAUCUGGUGAUCCAAACUGUAAUAAAAAGGCCAAGAUUGAAGAUGAGGGGGAGUUGAAAGACUUGACACGUUUGUCUUGUCUGAGUGCGAGCAGCAGCAGUUCGUCCAGCUCUCACAGCAGUAGUAUUGACUGUAGCUCUUCUGAUAGCUGUGACUCUGAUUCAGAACAGAAAUCUAAGAGGAAGCAAAGAAAAGCCCUAGGCCAUACCAACAAAAUUAAAAACAAGGCAUUGUUCCAGGCAGCUGCUGAUGAAAAGGACCCGUCACCUGCCUCAGUUAUCAAGUCUCACCCAGCCUCACUAGUUUCAGAGGCAAACUCAAGGCAAGAAAAAAAGUUUGCGGAAGACUCAAUCACAGCAAUCCCAGCCUUACACUCUCGGCUGCCGCCUCAGCCAUCCAGACCUAGUGGCAAAGCUGCCCCACUACCUCUUAAAAAUGGGACCACUUCCUUGCCUUGCAGCCUACCUCCAGACCACGAGCCCUAUGAUUUACUGAAUACUUUCUCCAGCUCUCCAUGUAAUGACUCCACAAUAGCCCCACACACGUGCUCACCUGUGUCAAUUGCUACACAUACACCUGCCUCACCUCCUGCAGAUCCACCAUUGUCCUGUAGUCCCUCACUUGAUCCUUCACGUUCCCCCCCAUAUCCUCACCAAAUCGACUCUCAGGUUUCCACAUCACCUGCUGCCGCAGAAAAGCCUCCAAAUAAGUCUCAGCGAGAAGGUCCCCCCCCUCUUCUGUCACCACUGACCUCACCUUCUACAGCCAUGUCUGUCAUAGGAUCACAGCCUACCUCCAGCUCACAGUUUGAGCACUGUAGGUUGUUAUCACCUCUGCCAGAGAGUCCUCUAGCCAGUAUGGGGAAUGAGCAGAGCUGCCCAGAGACACUGGAAGAAUCCUCCAUGCCUGGGGGUAAGCAUGAUGGCAGUGAUCUAUGCAAGUCCAUUCAAGAUGCCAAAACCAACUUGCCCAAAAAGGAUCUUAUUCUGAAGAAUGCAGACUCCUGGACAAGUCUGGGGAAAAUGGCUUCUCUGGCUCCUUGCACCAUUAAGUCGUCUAAGGAGAGUUUCCAGCAGUUCCGUAAAGUUGCCAUGGAGAAAGAGGAACGGGAGAGAGCUCGUAAAUUGCAGUUGGAAGCUGGCAGAGAAAAGUCCAAUACAGACAAAAGCGGUCAGGUGCAUCAGCUCCAGAAGACGAAGCUGGACUGCCAACCUUCAAAGCCAGAAGUGGAGUUAGCAGAGCUGCCUCUGAUGGCGGCUAUCUUGGAUACCCCUGAAGCCUGCUCUCUUCCACAGAACUCUGUAGACAGAGAAAGAGAGAUGGCACGAAAGAGAGAGCAGGAGCGUCGUCGGAGAGAGGCUAUGUCAGGAGUCAUUGACAUGACCAUGCAGAGUGACAUAAUGGCGACCUUCGAGAAGAACUUGGACUAAGAUAAAACAGUUUGGUUGUAUGCAUUUGUGCUACUGUUCGGUGAACAGUGUGAAAUGUCUUGUCCCUUCCUUAACUUGCUCCAUGAGUCCAGGUGACUGAAACGGGUCUUUGUCUUUUGAUGGGGGAAAAUACUGCAAUACACCUGCAUCACUGUACAUUUGUACUAAGUUAGCUCUUGUAAAAAUAAGCAAGCAGUAGUGGACAGUGUAAGCAUUGUAAAUAUGCACACCAUUGCCAGUGUUGAGUGUAUAUUCAUGUUUCUGUUGUUUUGAUAAAUGUAAUGCUUGAAUUCAGAACUGCCUGCACUGAAAAGCUGCCUGUUGUUCAAGGCAGUUUUGAAAAAUGAAACUUGUCUGAUGUCUUUGUGUUCUUGAACAUGAGUUAUUCUGUCUUUUUGCUUUACACUGAAGAAUGUUUACUUCUCUUAUUAUCUUAUUGUAAUCAAAUCCUUGACACAUUCCAUCAACUCUGCUGUAAGAAUAAUGCAUAGCUGGUCGUCCUGCGCUAGCUGUUAUUAGAAUUCUAUGAGAUUUUCCUGUUUGGGGAUCUUAUCCUGUUCCUCUUAGCUGGAAUUCUGUGUAUUUCACUUGCAGUUAUUUCAAUGAAAACGUACGGACUCAGGUGAACCUGUUUAAAGUAUUUCUGUAAUAGGCGGAAAGGUUAUGUUAGCUUGUGUGUGUAACAUCUACGUUUGGUUUACAAAAGGCAGGCAUUGUCCCAAAUGUUUGCCAGUAUUGUUGAAAGAUAAUUUUUUUAAAGUUGUUGCACUUCCUGUGUUUCUAUUUGUAAUCACUUUGAGGGGCAGUGCCAUGAAGUUUCUUUCUUGGAGAUGAAAGGCAGUUCUCUGUGCCUAAAGUCAGUGGGUUGUCCAGAGCUAAGUUGAUUCUAAAACGUUAUCUAGUGAUUCUUUGCACUGAAGACAUGUUUGUUAUUACUAAUCUGACUGUAAUGGUUGUGACAGUUUUUCAGUGCUCUCCUGUAAAUGAUCACCACAAGCACUUUAUUCACUAUACCACCAUUCUGAGGUAUCACAUGCUUUCGAGGGAAAGACUAAUAUAUUAUUUCUAAAAGUUAAAUCAAUAAAAAAGUAUUUUCACUAAA